GCUAUCUGGCAUUCGUUCAAGAUGUUCUUCCAUCCAGCUUGGCUCGUGCUCUGCAUCUUCACGGCGGCACAGCUGGCGGAGGCGAACGUUUUGUUUCACUUCUCGCUGAACUUCCAUGUGAAGGAUGGCGAGGAUUCGCUGAUAAAUAAAACAAUUGCUGUGGACAAUAAUAAACUAUCUGUGGAGGACAGCGAACAGACGACGGUGGGAGCCGUGCCGGCCUGGACGGAGGAGCGCCAAGACACCGAAGCCGCUCUGGAGAAGCUGCGAAGGACGAAGGCGGCGAUGCAAAAGCUGAAUACAGAGCUGUCGCCGCUGGUGGGGCGUAGCGACGAUUUGGCGGCCAAGUUGAAGCAAACUCUGCACUAUAUCAAUAAAGUGGAUGCGGCGAUUGAGACUGGAAAUUUCGGAGAGUAUCUGGAGCCAUUGCGCAACUUUGUAGUGUUGGUUAACAGACUGGGUGCCCCCAGCGCAGCAGGCGGUGUGCGGUCUCUGGAAUAUGUGAUCCUGAAAUUGGCUCUCGAGAAAUAUGAACUAUUGAGUCUGCAGGAGGAAAUUUCGAGCUAUUUGUUGCAGGCCGAAGCCAUUUGGGCUAGAUAUAUGAGUACAAAGACCAUUAUGUCGGAAACAUAAUGUUUGAAUUUAGAUUUACGCUCAAUAUUCUGUAGAAAAUCGAACAAUUAAACGAAACAACAACCCCUCAAA